UAAAAACAUAAACCCUAAAUCUUUGAUUCCGGCGUCUAGCCAUCGUCCUUCUCCUCUCAAUCGCGCGACUCUACUCUACUCUACUCUACUCAAAACCAAUCAAAAACCCAACUUUGAAUCACAACCAGUAGAAUCACGAGUCAUGCAAUUCCUCCAGAACUCUCGUAGAAUCGCUACGGUCUUAAAACCCAUUGUUACCACCGAGACUAAUCUGAGAUUCUUCUCCUCUGCUUCUCAAAUCUCAAGAUCCUUCCAAUGGCGGAGUCAAGCAUCUUCGUCUUCCUCUGUAUUAAAAGGGAUUGAUAGUAGUAGUCACUUGUCCUCUAUGAGCUUGUUGAUCCCCAGAUCGAGCUUUACGUCUGAAGCGGAAAAGCUUGCGGGAAAUCCUACAGUGACUGUGAAGGAUUUGCAUGAUAAAAUGCUUAAUUCUGUAAAUGUCAAGAGAUCAAUGCCUCCAAAUGCGUGGUUGUGGCUGUUGAUUGAGAACUGUCAGAAUCAGGAUGAUAUUCAUCUUCUCUUUGACGUUCUUCAGAAUCUACGGAGAUUUAGAUUAUCUAAUCUUCGUAUUCAUGACAACUUCAAUUGCAAUCUAUGCCAACAAGUUGCUAAGACUUGUGUACGUGUUGGGGCUAUUGACUCUGGAAAGAAGGCUUUGUGGAAACAUAAUGUUCACGGUUUGACUCCCAGUGUUGCAUCUGCACACCAUCUUAUGUCAUAUGCACUAGAGCACAAGAAUUCUGAACUCAUGGAAGAAGUAAUGCAACUCCUGAAAACGAAUGAUCUGCCUCUACAACCCGGUACAGCAGAUUUAGUUUUUAGGAUCUGUCAUGAUACAGAUAAGUGGGAUCUACUAGCCAAGUACUCGAAAAAAUUCUCCAAAGCUGGAGUUAAGUUGAGGAAGACCACAUUCGAUGUGUGGAUGGAAUUUGCUGCCAAGAGAGGUGAUACAGAGUCGCUAUGGAAAGUAGAUAAACAGAGAUCAGAGACAUACAGUCAACACACUCUUUCUACUGCCUUUUCUUGUGCAAAGGGUUUCCUACUAGAAAGUAAACCUGAAGAAGCUGCUGCCGUCAUCCAGAUUAUCUGCCAAGCAUAUCCUGAUGAGAAAAAGUCUGCAAUUUCGACUGAAUUUGAGAAACUUGUAAACGAGUGGCCUGUGGACGUUAUCAAGCACCAAACCGACGAAGAUAAGAAGGCUCUUGCUGCUUCAUUGAAAUCUGUGAUUCCUUCAAUGGUUAAUACAUUGCUAAGCUCGGGUUUAAAAGUGAGCGUGGAUCUGGAUGAGUUAAACAAGAACGAAGCUCUUCUCAGCUGAAUGGUUGAAUCAAGAUUUGCAGAAUCUCUUGGCGGCUCCACAUGAACACAUUCUUGUCCAGUUUCUUGCAUCCUACGGUAACUCAUUUUCUCAUUUUGACCUAUAUGAACAAAACGCCAAGAGUUGUCCUGUUUUGUAAGCCUCAAAUAAAUUUUACUCUGUUGGACUUUUGUUCUUGAUUUGAGUAGUAAAAUCCAUUUUGUAUAAAACAAGAACAAUUGAGUAUCUUAUGAUAAUGAGACAAAAAGGUUCAUUGAUUACAACUACUUAUCUACUU